GUGGAGUUCAACAGUUUUAAGCUUUAGACUGUCCGUUUUUGUGCACUAAAAUGGCAGAAUCCAGUAUUUCAGUGGCUCAGGAUGAAUUCAGCUGUUCAGUCUGUCUGGAUCUACUAAAAGAUCCAGUGACUAUUCCCUGUGGACACAGUUACUGUAUGAGCUGUAUUUCAGGCUGCUGGGAUCAGGAUGAGCAGAAGGGAGUCUACAGCUGCCCUCAGUGCAGACAGACCUUCACUCCAAGACCUACUUUAGGGAAAAACACCAUACUGGCUGAAGUGCUGGAGAAACUCAAGAAGACCAAACUACAAGCUGCUCGUCCUGCUCAGUGUUACUCUGAAUCUGCAGAUGUGGAGUGUGAUGUUUGUACUGGAGACAAAAAUAAAGCCGUCAAAUCCUGUCUGGAGUGUCUGAACUCUUACUGUCAAAAUCAUCUUGAACAACACGAGAGUUUCUUCAGAGGUAAAAAACACAAUCUGAUGGACGCCACUGGACGACUGCAGGAGAUGAUCUGCCCUCAACAUGAGAAACUACUGGAGAUUUUCUGUCGUACUGAUCAGCGCUGUAUUUGUCUUCUGUGUGUUGUGGAUGAACACAAAAACCAUGAGACUGUAUCAGCUGUGGUAGAAAGGACUGAUAAACAGAGAAAAUUGGAGGAGGCACGGAGAACAAACCUACAGAAAAUCCAGAAGAAACUGGAGGAGUGUGAGGAGCUGAGGGCGGCUGUAGAGUCUCACAAGCGCUCUGCACAGGCAGCAGUGGACGACACUGAGAGGAUCUUUACUGAGCUCAUCCACUCCAUUGAGAGAAGCCACUCUGAGGUGACGCAGCUGAUCAGAGAUCAGGAAAAGGCUGCAGUGAGUGGAGCUGAAGGACGACUGGAGCGACUGGAACAGGAAAUUGGUGAUUUGAGGAGGAGAGACGCUGAGCUGGAGCAGCUUUCACACACAGACCAUCACAUCAAUUUUCUUCAGAGUUUCCAGUCUCUCUCUGCUCCUCCUGGAUCUACAGACUCGUCCAGCAUCACUGUCAGCUCUCGUCUCUCUUUUGAUGAUGUUGGUAAAUCCGUCUCUUGUCUGCGAGAGAAACUGGAGCAAUUUUGCAGAGAGGAGAUAGAAAUUCUAUCCAAAAAGGUAAAAUACACUGAAUGUGUAUUUACUCCUGAACCCAAGACAUGGAAGGAGCUUCUACAAUAUUCUCAUCAAUUCACUCUGGAUGCAAAUACCAUGCAUACAUGCCUCAGUUUGUCUGGGGAUAACAGAAUAAUUACUGAAACUGACUCAGACCAACAGUAUCCUGACCAUCCAGACAGAUUCGAUAGUUUGCUUCAGGUGUUAUGUAGAGAGAGUGUGUGUGGACGCUGUUACUGGGAGGUGGAGUGGAGCGGUAGAGGAGUGGGUAUAUCAGUGUCAUAUAAGACCAUCAGCAGGAAGGGACGGGGUGAUGAAUGUGCGUUUGGAUAUAAUGAUCAGUCCUGGAGUUUGUAUUGCUUUCCCUCUAGUUAUUGCAAAUACUCAUUCUGUCACAAUUACACUGAGACUGAACUGCCAGUGGUUUCCAUCUCGUCUAGAAUAGGAGUGCAUGUGGAUCACAGUGCAGGAACUCUGUCCUUCUACAGCGUCUCUGACACAAUGAGCCUCAUUCACAGAGUCCACACCACAUUCACUCAGCCGCUCUACCCUGGGUUUAGAGUUUAUGGGUCAGUGAAAUUAUGUGAUACUAGAAAAUAAAUGAUAUAAGUCAUAUAUAAAAAUACACUCACCAGGCACUUUAUUAGCUACAUGUGUCCAACUGCUCGUUAACGCAAAUUUCAAAUCAGCCAAGCAAUUCAAUGGAUUUAGGCAUGUAGACAUGAUCAAGACAAUCUGCUGCAGUUCAAACCGAGCAACAGAAUGGGGAAGAAAGGUGAUUCUUAAACAUGGCAUGGUUGUUGGUGCCAGACGGGCUGCUCUGAGUAUUUCAGAAACUGCUGAUCUUUUGGGAUUUUCACUCACAACCAUCUCUAGGGUUUACAGACAAUGGUCCAAAAAAGAGAAAAUAUCCAGUGAGCGGCAGUUCUUGUUGAUGCCAGCGGUCAAAGGAGAAUGGCCAGAUUGGUUUGAGCUGAUAGAAAGGCAACAGUCACUCAAAUAACCACUCGUUACAACCGAGGUAUGCAGAAGAGCAUCUCUGAACAAACAACACGUCGAACCAUGAGGUGGGUGGGCUACAGCAGCAGAAGACUCCACUGGGUGCCACUCCUGUCAGCUAAGAACAGGAAACUGAGGCUACAAUUAACACAGGCUCACCAAAAUUGGACCACAGAAGAUCGUUGAAGAACGUUGUCUGGUCUAAUGAGUCAGAAGGGGUCCGAUUUUGGCGUCAACAACAUGAAAGCAUGGAUCCAUCCUGCCUUGUAUCACAGGUUCAGGCUGGUGAUGGUGGUGUGUAAUGGUGUGAGACAUAUUUUCUUAGCACACUUUGGGCCCAUUAGUAUCAAUUGAGCAUCGUGUCAACGCCACAACCUACCUGAAAGGGGUCUGGAUGCAGACCUGGUGCAGUGGAAUCUGUACUGCAUCCAAUGCUUUUUAAUGGGCUCACCUGACCUCACCCCUAACCCUACCCCUCACAGUGACGUCACUCGCUCCAUUGAGUGCAUUGUGUCUGACAUUGCAUCGGUAAGUGAUGCAAUCUUAUCUUGCAUCAUAAAGGUGGCAUCCAGAUACUAUUGGCCUACCUGAGUAUUGUAGCUAAACAUGUCCAUCCCUUUAUGACCACAGUGUACUCAUCUUCUGAUGGCCACUUCCAGCAGGAUAACACGCCAUGUCAUAAAGCGUGAAACAUCUCAGACUGGUUUCUUGAACAUGACAAUGAGUUCAUUGACCUCAAAUGGCCUCCACAGUCACCAGAACUCAAAACAAUAGAGCACUUUUGCGUUGUAUGCCACAAAGGAUUAAGUCAGUUCUGAAGGCAAAAGGGGGUCCAGCUCGGUACUAGUAACAUGUACCUAAUAAAGUGGCUGGUGAGUGUAUAUACCGUAAGUUAUAUGAUCAAUAAAAUAUAUCACCAUAUAAGUAAAGUAUAUCCCUAUAUAAAUAAGUAUAUUUAUAAUGAAUAACCUUUAUUGCAGAUAAUAGCCAUUGUGUACAAGCCUAAACCUAAACAAUCAGAAAAUAUAACACCUUUGGGAAAACAUGUUUCAUUGUUGUACAAGAUUUAAUUGUAUAUCAUUCAUUUUCUUUUCGGCUUAGUCCCUUUAUUAAUCUGGGAUCGCCACAGAGGAAUGAACCGCCAACUUAACCAGCAUAUGUUUUACGCAGCGGAUGCCCUUCCAGCUGCAACCCAUCACUGAGAAACAUCCAUACACUAUGGACAAUUUUAGCUUACCCAAUUCACCUAUACCGCAUGUCUUUGGACUGUGGGGGAAAUGUAGCACAUGGAGGAAACCCACGCAAACAUGGGGAGAACAUGCAGACUCCACAUAGAAAUGCCAACUGACCCAGCCGAGGCUUGAUCCAGCGACAUUCUUGCUAUGAGGCGACAGUGCUAACCAUUGCGCCACCUUUAUUUAUUAUCAUUUAUUUAUUUUAAAUUAAGUCAAAUUAUACUAGCAGUCAUGACUGAAGGUGGACAGUCACUUUUUAGUGAGCAGAUGAGUUUUUCUUGUUGGUAAACUUCAGUCUCAGAAAAUCAAUUUUCCAUGAACAGCCAAUGUUUUGCCUCUGGAAUUGAUUUCCAGGAAUAUGUUCUUUACCUUCUUUUGUUGAAUCUGUGCUGUCUUUUAUGUUAAAUACUUAAAUGUUACUUUAAAUGAUCCGAACACUGUUAACUAGUACUGUAAACUGCUUUCUGUAAACUAUAGAUUAGGAACUUUUCAGUUGAGAUUGUCUUUUCAUAAGGUCAAUAUUACGUUGUUAUCUUCAUGAGUUUUUUUCUGUCUUUAUAUAAAUAUUUAUGAAAAGUUCAAAUGCAAAAAAUUCCAAAUGCCAUGUAAACGUUUCUUCUAAAAGCAGCAUUUUUUUUCAGGCUCUUGUGGGUAGGUUCACUUUUAUGUCGAUGAAUAGGGUAUUUUCAUCAUCUGUAAAGUAAAAUAAUUUAACAUAGACAUAGGAGCUUGAGAAAAAUGCUCGUUUUUGAAGGAAAUUUCAAAUAGCGUUUAGAGGGUUUUGCAUCU